ACCCUCCAGCCUUGGCCUCCAUUCGGGGUUUCUGAGGGCUGCGAUCGGGGCCGACAUGCAUCCCCGCCCGGCAAUGGGGAUCCGGGGGCUUUGGCGAGUGAGGGAUGUGGGGAGUUGGUUCCGGGUCGGGUCUUGGAGGAGGCCGUGGGGGUAGGGCGGGAGCUGCCUCAGUGGAUGCCCUCAGGGACCCUUGCCCUUCCGGGCUGUCCCUCCCUCUGGCCUCUAUCUAGAGGGAGAGACUGUCCCUUGUCCGGCCUGGGUUCCCACAGAGGAAUCACAGACCCACCCUAAACUGUGGCCCCGCCUCCCUUUUCUGUGCCAGCAGGACUUGGAGCUAGGACACCUAGGUCCUGGGUCCCCUGUGAUGGGGAGGGGGGUGUUGCAGCGCAGAUACACUGUAUGGGCUGAGACUCUAGGGUUCCAUUUUCACUUUAUGAAUCUCGAGGUGCAUCUGGCCUUGGGGGACGAUGAUGGAGGCAUGAAGGGACAGCUGCUCCUUUUUGGAUCAGUCAUUGAAUGGAGGUCACACUAAUGGCCCUUCUUUCUGUUUGAGCUGCAUUUGGAAGUGUUGUGGGUACAGCCUGGUAGCCCAAUGCGACCAGGCUCAGGGGAAACAUCAGGCCCCUCCAGCUGAGCCCUUGUGUGAGCCCCGCCCCUCCCUAAAUGCCAGACUUGGGAGCUGACAGACAGCCCUGCCUGUGCUGGGUUUAAAAGGUGACAAUGAGAACUUUGUUAUUGCAGGGGCUGCUGCCACUUUGUUCACAUCCUUAACAGACUUCAGCAGAAGGGACUGAGUUAGCUCUCAAGGAAGGCUCCCUGGCAAUAGGGGCUGAAUUAUUUGGGAACGUGGAGCAGGGGAGGAGUUGGAGAGCAUAGGAAAUAUUCCGGUCCAUGUGAUCUGAGGGAGGUGGCAAGAAGACCUCCACCUGUGUGGGUGUUUUCUUUCCUGACAUCUUUUAUGUGUGCCCUAGGCUUUCUUGGGGGCCUCAGAGCUGGGGAAGAAAGGAGGAAGUCCUGGUCAGCUGAGUGGAAAUAGAAGGAUUUCUGCUGCCAUCAUCUUCCAUGGGCUUCCCAGCUCACACGACCUACAAGUAGGGAGCAGGGAAAAAAGAGUGAGCCUGCAUGCCAAUUCUAAGCUCUUCAGGAUCAAAUGUCGUUCGUCCUGUCCAGAAUGGCAGCCUGUGGAGGCACCUGCAAGAACAAAGUGACUGUCUCCAAGCCUGUGUGGGACUUCCUGAGCAAAGAGACCCCAGCCCGGCUGGCCCGGCUUCGGGAGGAGCAUCGUGUGUCCAUCCUCAUAGAUGGCGAGACUUCUGACAUCUAUGUUCUCCAGCUUUCCCCACAGGGCCCUCCCCCGGCCCCUCCCAAUGGGCUCUACCUAGCCCGGAAGGCUCUUAAGGGGCUGCUAAAAGAGGCAGAGAAAGAGCUGAAGAAAGCUCAGAGGCAGGGGGAGCUGAUGGGCUGCCUGGCUCUGGGGGGUGGAGGGGAGCACCCUGAGAUGCACCGCGCAGGCCCACCCCCUCUCCGAGCAGCCCCACUUCUGCCCCCAGGGGCUCGGGGGCUCCCCCCUCCUCCUCCCCCCCUGCCCCCACCUCUUCCUCCUCGCCUUCGGGAGGAGGCAGAAGAGCAGGAGAGCACCUGCCCCAUCUGUCUGGGGGAGAUCCAGAAUGCCAAGACAUUGGAGAAGUGCCGGCAUUCAUUCUGCGAGGGCUGCAUCACCCGGGCUCUGCAGGUGAAAAAGGCCUGCCCCAUGUGCGGCCGCUUCUAUGGGCAGCUGGUGGGCAACCAGCCCCAGAAUGGGCGGAUGCUGGUCUCUAAGGACGCCACCCUCCUACUACCCAGCUAUGAGAAGUAUGGCACCAUUGUCAUCCAGUACGUCUUCCCGCCCGGUGUCCAGGGGGCUGAACACCCAAACCCAGGAGUUCGGUAUCCUGGCACCACACGGGUGGCCUACCUCCCGGACUGCCCUGAGGGCAACAAGGUGCUGACCCUGUUCCGCAAGGCGUUUGACCAGCGUCUCACCUUCACUAUCGGCACGUCCAUGACCACAGGGAGACCGAAUGUCAUCACCUGGAAUGACAUCCACCACAAGACCAGCUGCACAGGGGGACCCCAGCUGUGCGACCCCUCUUCACUUCCUUUCCCUUGGCUCCUCCCCUUUCCUCCAUUUCCACUGAGGGACCCACCAACCCCUUGCUCUGGGAGCCUCCUAACUGGAGAGGACCACUUCCAAACUGUUCAGCCGUCUCAGUUUCUCCUACAUUCAACCUGGUCCUGGUGUGCCCAGCUUAGCCUACAAAAAUAAGCAGAAUUGGGCUAAGUUAUCUUGGGUUUGGAGGUGUCCUCCCUUAGGGGAGGUGGGGAGGUAUCUGAGUCACCUAGAAUAAGGGUGAGCAUGGGGAUAAUAGCAAGUUCCAACAGCUAACAACCCUCACCCUCAUUUCUCUUUGCUCCCAGGUUUGGGUACCCAGACCCUACCUACCUGACCCGGGUGCAAGAGGAGCUGAGAGCGAAGGGUAUCACAGAUGACUGAAGGACAUCGCCUUUGCCAAGGCCCCUGCUGUCCACCUCUACUAGGACCCAGCAGAAGCCUC